UUGACAGCCACAAUGCCCAGUGUUUGCCUUUGCUCCAGCCAAGGUCAUCUUUCACAUUCAGGGGAAAAAAGGUCAUGGCUUCCCAUGGCUUAUUUCUGUCCAAGGACCAGUUUCAGUGCUGCAUCUGCCAAGAUGUUUUCUCCGAGCCCGUCUCCAUCCCCUGCGGUCACAGCUUCUGCUUCACCUGUAUCACCGCCCACUGGGAAGGCAGGCACUCCAUCAACUGCCCCAAAUGUCACACAGAGUACAAGGUCUGCCCGGAGCUCUGCGAAAACUCUUUUGCCAAAGAAAUGUCGGAGAAGAUCCGAGCCGGGAGGCAGGACGGCGUGCCGGGGAAGACGGUGGACUGUGACGCGUGCGUGGGGAAGCAGACGAAGGCCCUGAGGUCCUGCCUGGUGUGUUUGACCUCUUACUGUGAGAGCCACCUGGAGCCUCACCUCAGAGUUGGCUCGCUGAAAGCUCACAAGCUGAUUGAACCGGUGGGGAUGCUGGAGAACAGGGUGUGCAGGAGGCACCAGGAGCUCCUGGAAUUGUUCUGCAGAAGUCACCAGAAGUUUGUUUGCAUGCAGUGCGUCAAAACCGACCAUCGCUGCAACGACACGGUCCCAGUGGAACGAGAGAGCCAGGACAAGAAGGGUCAGAUUAAAAUGAUUCAAGGUGAAGUUCAGCAGAGGAUCCAGGACAAGCUGCAGAAGCUGGAGGAGAUCAGACACAAUCUUGAGCUAAGCAAAGAGAACACAAAAAGGGACAUUGAGGAAAGUGGGCAGGUCUUCUCCGCUCUGAUCCGCAGCAUCGAGAGAAGUCGAGCCGAGCUGGUUGAGGUGACCCAGAGGAAGCAGGCAGCGGCAGAAACGAGGGCGAAGAGGCUGAUCGCUGGGCUGGAAGCAGAAAUCUCUGAGCUGAAGAGGAGAAAAAGGGAACUGGAGCAGCUGUUUCACCACGAAGACCACCUCCAUGUUCUGCAGAGUUUCCCGGCUGUGAGCUCUCUUCCAUCUACCGAAGACUCCUCAAACGUCCUCGUCCAUUCAGAAACAUGCCUGGGAACCAUAAGGAGGGCGGUGGCUGACAUUCGAGAGCAGCUGCAACUGCAACUGGAAAAACUUUCCUCUCGAGAAUACGAGAAGAUCCAGCAGUAUCCAGCCGAUGUCCUUCUGGACCCCAGGACGGCCAACCCCUGGCUCGUCCUGUCAGAGGACGGGAGGCAGGUGCAGGACGGAGACGUAAUGCGAAAUGUGGCAGAUCUCCCAGAACGUUUUGACAAAGCUCCGUGUGUCCUCGCUCUCAUGGGUUUCACCACAGGGAGGCGCUACUGGGAGGUGCAUGUGGGAGGCAAAACGGCGUGGGACUUGGGCGUAGCUCGAGCAUCCGUCAGAAGGAAAGGUGCUGUGACUCUGAGUCCAGACGAGGGUUUCUGGACCGUCUGUCUGAGGAAAGGAGCCGAACUCUGGGCCUGUGCAGGAGAGGCAGAGCUGCUGUGCAUUUCCAAGAGGCCAAAGGUCAUUGGUGUGUUCCUGGACUAUGAAGAUGGGCUUGUUUCUUUCUACAAUGCAGAGUCCGGGUCACACAUCUAUUCAUUUACAGGAUUUCACUUUACCGAGGCCAUUUUCCCCUUUUUCAACCCGGAUACGAAUGAAAACGGCACCAACAAACUGCCGCUGACCAUCCAGCCCAUUAAGAAACGCAUCUUCGGCACAGAUUUAGAGGACAUCACUAUAUGAUAUUUUAAAUAUGUAUCCAGCAACGUUUUAUUUAUUAUACAAUUUAUGCUAACGUUGUUUUUGCAAAGCUCCCUGUGCAUUUAUCGACACUCCACCAGUACAGUACGUUCAUUUAGUUAUUCAAAGUAAUGCCUAAAAAUACUUUAAAUAGAUUUUAAAAAAUUUUGCAGCUUCAUUUUGUACUGAAAAGAAACAGGAAAAUACAAUGUUUUAAUUUGAGUAGAUUUUUUUUCAGGGGUUGGAAAAUAAUCCCAAAUAUAGUAAAAAAUAAUUAAACAAUAAAUACUGUAAAUAAGAAUAGAUUAUUCUUUGAAUUGAACAAACUGAUACAAACAAUUGACACCUUUAAUGGUUACAUUUUAUGUCAAUAUUGAUAAUUAAAAGCAGUAGUGGUAGCUGUAUUCUUACUACUGCCACAAAAAUAAACCAGUUACAUGCAUUUUGUAUGUUUUUAUUUGUUUUGUAUACAUAAGACAUCAUAUUCAAUAUAAUUAUGUUGACAUUAGGGGUUGUGUAUCUCUUGCUUUGUUUUUUUCUGUUGAACAGAUCUGGACCUCUAUGUGAUAUUAUGGCGUCACACAGAGGCACUGGGGGAAAAAUGAGGAGCAAAUUUAAUCUCAGAAAUGUUCUAGAAAAAAUGUAGAAAUUUCUGAGUUUCAAAACUCGUAAAUUGUUUUACAUAAAUGUAUUUUUGCAUCUUUUUACACAUUUCCACCAGAGAUGGCGCUGUAUUGCUAUCUUUUGCUGUUAUCUUGGUUUUAGACUACAGUACAUCUGAGUGUAAUUUACUGCUUACCUGUCACAGUAAGCCACAUUUUUGUGAAAUGCAGUUUGUUGUAUUCUGUGUGGAAAUUAAGAAUAUAGAGAAAUAAAAUGUCUUCAUUAUGGAACAAAUCCGUAAAGCUGAAAUAAAAACUCUA